AUGGAGGAUUUCUUCCUGAAAGUAACUGUGCUGAGAUCGUCAGUCGUCGCUCUACUGGUGGUUCUAGUUGGAUGGUCGUACUUUCUUGCGUGGAGCAUCUCAUUUUAUCCACAAAUUUUUCUUAAUAUCCGCAGACAGAGUGUGGUCGGCUUGAACUUCGACUUCUUGUUGCUGAAUAUUAUUGGGUUCGCUGCGUAUUCGGCUUAUAACUUAUUCAUGUAUUUCGAUGAUAAUGUGCAGGUGAGGACAGCUAAAAUGAACAGGAAGCAACUUUGGAAUUGGGUUAUCGCAGUUUUGUUUUCGAAAGGUCAUUUGUCUAUUACAAAGCUACCUAUACAUAAAAUGAAGGAUAAAGAUCUCGACCCUGAUCAAUCCAUGAGGGAUGCACCAUGCAUUCGACUUCAUUAA